CUGGGCUCCAAGCCGCUCACAACCCAGUGUCUGAGCGAGGCGCUGCAAGCAGGAGCCUGAGUUGAAACUCAAGUUGUGACCCGAGCCAGGAGCUGCGCCUUUAAGCCGCUUUCCCAUUCGGGGAAACCGACGCCAGCACUCGAGGGUCGGGAGGCGCCGGAGAGGCCCCUCAUUCUGCGUUCCCCCCUUUCCUCCUCCUCCCCUCCCCCCGCCCCUUCUCCCCUCCCUCCCCUCCUUGGCUGUCCGGCCGCCUCGCCGCCAUCCGUCACCUCGCAGCCUGCCGCACUCCUGGAGCGAGCCAGCGAGGAGCGAGCCACGGCGAUGGUGCCGCUCGCGGCGCAGCCAUGGAGCCCGCCCGAGGAGUCCGCGGGCGCCGCUGCCAGCCUGCCCGCAGCCCGCCGCCUGCGCGCCAGCCCCCGGCGUCCCGGGCCAGCUGCUGCCGCCCUGCCAACCUCUGCCCGGCCCGCUGCCCGGCGCCACUGAGCCCCACGCCCGUGCCGGGCUCGGGGGCACGGGCGCCCUAGUCCCGCCGCCGUCGCCGCCGCCGCCGCCGCCGCGCCGCCGCCGCCGCGCCGCUGAGGAGGAGGAGAAGGAGGUGGAGGAGGAGGAAGAGGAGGGGGAGGAAGUCAUGUGAUGCAGGAAGAGAGCGCAAAUGAUAUGGAAAGUGAACAGCUGCCAGCAGAGAUACUGCGACAAGUGACCAUUCACCGAGACCCUAUAUAUGGCUUUGGCUUCGUGGCUGGCAGUGAGAAGCCUGUGGUGGUCCGAUCUGUGAGGCCAGGAGGCCCCUCUGAGGACAAGCUCCUGGCUGGUGACCAGAUUGUGGCUAUUAAUGAGGAGGACGUGAGUGAAGCCUCCAGGGAGAGGUUCAUAGAACUCAUCAGGAGCGCUAAGGAAUUCAUCGUUCUUACAGUUCUGCACACUCAUCAGUCCCCCAAAUCUGCCUUCAUCAGUGCUGCGAAGAAGGCCAAGCUGAGGUCCAAUCCUGCGAAGGUUCGAUUUUCUGAGCAGGUGGCAGUUGAAGAAACAAAUGCAAAAAUGAUGAAGAAGGAAGCUCUCCUCCUCAUCCCCAACGUCCUGAAGGUUUUCUUAGAAAAUGGGCAGAUUAAGUCAUUCACAUUUGAUGGCCGGACCACUGUAAAGGAUGUGAUGGUGACAUUACAGGACCGUCUUUCCCUGAGGUACAUUGAGCAUUUUGCUCUUGUCCUUGAAUAUGCUGGGCCAGAACAGAAUCACAAGUUUCUGCUUCUCCAGGACAAGCAGCCCCUGGCUUAUGUGGUGCAGCGGACACACUAUCACGGAAUGAAAUGCCUCUUCCGAAUAAGCUUCUUUCCCAAAGACCCUGUGGAGCUCCUGCGUCGGGAUCCUGCUGCUUUUGAGUACCUAUACAUCCAGAGUCGGAACGAUGUUAUCCGAGAACGCUUUGGAAUGGACCCCAAGCCAGAGAUGCUUUUGGGACUUGCUGCCCUCCACAUCUAUAUCACUGUCUCAGCCACUCGACCUAGUCAGAAGAUCUCACUCAAGAAUGUGGAGAAGGAGUGGGGCCUGGAACCCUUUCUUCCCCCCUCCCUCCUGCAGGGCAUCAAAGAGAAGAACCUCCGGAAAUCUCUCUCUCAGCAACUGAAGGCUCACCAAACACAUCCUUCCUGUGACACCAAGGGCUCUGCAAUUCAGGCAAAGCUCCAGUAUCUUCGAAUUCUGAAUGAACUUCCGACCUUCACUGGCGUUUUGUUCAACACUGUGGGCCUGGACGAGAAGCAGUCGGCCACCACUCUCCUGGUGGGACCCCGUCACGGCAUCAGCCAUGUUAUUGACCUCAAAACCAACCUCACCACUGUGCUGUCCGAGUUCAGCAAGAUCAGCAAGAUCCAGCUGUUCCGGGAGAACCAGGGCGUGGCCCGGGUGGAGACCAGCAUCAUGGAUGCCAAGCCUCUGGUGCUGUUGAUGGAGUGGCCAGAAGCCACCAACUUUGCCUGCCUGAUUGCAGGGUAUUGCCGCCUCUUGCUGGAUUCCAGGAAGAUGAUCUUUUCCAGGCCUGCCAGCCAACCUCUUCCACCUCCAAUGAUCAAGGCAGAUUACAUGCACAGCGCCCACCGCCCUGUCACUGGGGGCCACCUGGGGAAAAAGGAGAGUAGUUAUGUGGGCAGCGUGGGCCCCAGCCCCAGGAAGUCGAGCCGCUGCACGCCCCCGCCUGCCGACUCUGAGCUUGUCAGCUUCUGCUACCUCCACAUGCGGGAACAAAGGAAGGAGCAGGAAAGCCGGACGGAUGUCAAUGAGAACCUAAUCUUCUUUGAGGAGACCAGGCCCCGGACCAAGUCUGACCCCACAUCCAAAAGCUCUGGCCAAGGUUACGAUGUAGUCCCCGAUGACUUUGAUGCAGCCAGCCUGGACCAUGAGCCUUGUGCCAGCAGGGCCCGGUCCUACACCUUGGACAAUUCCCUUGGGGCGGAAGCCCUGAAUUUCUACUGUGACUCUUGCAAAGCCAAACUGCAGGAGCAAUUGGGCCCGCGCAAAGGUGGAAGGCCUGGCUCCUCUCGUGACAAUAUAGUAGAUUUGAUGUCCCUCCCACCACCAGGGAGUGAGGAGGAGGAGGAGGAAGAAGAUGAGACAACUUCUCUGUUGCCUGCCAUUGCUGCCCCACCCCCUGGCUUCCGAGACAACAGCUCUGAUGAGGACGACCCCAAGCGCCGGGCUGUCCAGAGCCAGGAACAAGGACGCCACCUGCGUGGGCUCCUGUAUGAUGAGAUUCCAGUUACACUAAUUGACAGCAUGCAGACCCGGACAGUCCGAGAUCAUGCUCAGGAGCUAGAUGAUGCCCUGGUGUCCACUCUGCAGGCUCUGGAAGCCCUGGCUGCAUCAGAGGACGGACCGCACCCCCCACCCCCACAGACUGCAGGUCUGAUUGUGCUGGCCACAAUCACUCCUGAAUCAUCACUGGACUCGGGCCAUGAAACCAACUCUUCUGAGCUCACAGACAUGUCAGAGAUGAUGUCGGCCAUGAAGCAACACCAGAACACCACCUACUUCCUGGCCCAGCACCUCAACAAGGACAGCCUCCUUGCCCGCAAGGACCUGCCCUUCCGGAUCCAAAGCUGUGCAGCCCAGGCCGUUCUCACGGCCCCUUAUUCUCUUGGGCGCCCGGAUCCCAACUCAUCUCUCCAGCCAGUUAUCACAAGCCAGAGUCCUGGUCCCCCUGGCGCCCGAAGGAAGCUGCCCCAGUCAGAAAACCAGGCACAGGGAGAGCGAACAUAUUCCUUGGCAGUGCACCCAGCAUUGUCCCCCCAGCUUAGUGAGCAGAAGAAUCUGAGCCUGCUGUCCCCAGUUCCUGAGGACAAAGGGCCUAGCCACACUAGGGCAGGCCUAGAGAUGUCACUGAGGGCGGCCACACCAUCUCUCAGUGAAGAGCAGGUCUCUGACCUGAGGGAGAACCUGCCUAGGGAGGUCAGGUUGAACCCCAAGCUUAUCCUGGACCCAAAGGGUAAUGUGACCCCAGCCAUCAUCUCGGCUGCCCUACAGCAGGUGGUUCACAGUAAGAGUCUAGCCACCCCUGGUGGGGCUUUGGGAAACCCCCCCAGCAGAGGGGAGAGAAGGCUGGAGGCCAGCAUGGGGAGGCCAGAGGUUAGCAUGAUGAGCAGCAGUGCCAAUAAGAAUCUGAAGUUCAAAAUGAGCCCUGGUGCUCCAGAGAUGUCACAGAAUUCCCAGCAGCAGCUCUGCCCAGAGGUUUCUUCCAGCCCCAGAGCAUCCACAGGCAGCUGGGCUGACAGCCUGCACCUCUCCUCACAAGAGGACAGGCUGCCUGUUCAAAAUUUUCCUCCUAAAAGCUAUCAUUUGCAAGCGAGUCGAGAGUCAGUGGGCAAGCAAACUACCGGGGAGGUGACAGGCAAAGGUGGGCCCGAGGGUGCUAAGCCUGCCCUGCACAAGCAGGGCACUGCCUCCAGCCAGGGGGAGAAGGGGCAGCUGGAGAGCACACCCAAAAGCAGCAAGCUCGAGGACACAAGCCUGGUUCCCCGAGUUAGCUAUCCCAUGGCUCUGCAGAGCCCCAGCUGCCAACAGCGAAGCCACAGCCCCAGCAGCCAGUCCCGAGGCCAGAGCCCCAGCUGCCAGCCUCGUGGCCAGAGCCCCAGCUGCCAGCCUCGUGGCCAGAGCCCCAGCUGCCAGCCUCGAGGUCAGAGCCCACUGAGGCCUCAGACUGUCAGCCGGCAGGUGAGCACCAUGCCCUCCAGGAAGCUCGAAACCACCCUGAAUGGAGCUCACUCAGUCUCAGAAGGCCCUGCAAAGCCCAAGUCCUCCCGAGGUCCUUUCCGGCUUCGCAAUUUAUUCUCUGCCACCUUCCCAACCCGCCAGAAGAAGGAAACAGAUGAGCGGCAGGCCCAGCUGCAAAAGGUAAAGCAGUAUGAGCUGGAGUUCCUCGAGGAACUUCUAAAGCCACCAAGCCAGGGGGAGCUGCCGGGUGCCGAGUACUUGCAGCCUCCAGCACCUGGCCGCUGCAGCUGCCAGCUCCGCAGCAGCCCCGUUCAGCAGGGGCCUGGCAUGUCCCGUGAGCAGAGGCGGAGCUGUGACUGCAAGCGCAUUUGCCGUGGGGGCCGGCCCCAGGCAGCCCAAAUGCCGGUGCCCAGCGUCCCAGAGAGGGAGAGGGACAGGGUCCUCCCUACCCAGAGGCAGCCAGAGGCCGGCCCAGGCUUGAGCGUCAGCAGCCCCAGCAAUGUCCAGCGCAUCCGUUCCACCAGCCUGGAGUCCCGAGAGUGCCGAUCGGACCCUGAGAGUGGUGUCUCGUGCCUGACCACGUGUGCCUCGGGGGGCGAGUGCCUGGGUGCUCCCAACUAUAGGAAACUGAUGCGCCGCUACAGUAUCAGUGAGCUGGACCAGGGUGACAGGGCCUCGAUGACCUUGGACGUCUACCCACACCCACCCCUGGGCAUGCUGCCUAGGGAGGCCAAAGAGGUAGAGGCAGGCCUCCCCCUGGCCUUGGGUCCCAAAAGCAAGUCUCUGGAGUCACCAACCCUGGGAAACCCCUCCUAUGUCCAGGUUACCCCUGAGACCAAAGGCCCCAGACCGAUGGCUGUGUUCUCGCUGCCUGAAGAGGUGUACCGGAAGCCUGCUGAGCUGGACGAGGACAGUGAGAGCGGCAAGUGCUGCUCCAUCCGCUACUGCUUCUACUACCGCAAGUGUGACAUUGCAGAUGACACCAGUGAUGGCAAGGACGAGCUCUCCUACUCCAUCCCCAUGAAGAUUCUGCCCGGCAUGAAGCUGGAUGAGCAGGUGGUGCCCGUGGUGAGCAGGACCCUGCAGGUGCUGGAUGCCGCCACCUGCAGCAGCAGCAACCCUGAGGCCUCCCGCACUCAGGAGAUUGACCUUCGGGUGUCCACCUUCGAGGGCAGCCUGGCCAAGAUCAAUGCCCUGCGGGCCCAUGCCUAUGGCCUCCCUGAUGGCUUCCUGGCUGCCCGGCUGGACACUAAUGAGCUACUGACAGUCCUGCGGCAGUGUGUGGCCAGCCCUGCGGCGCGUGCCCCCAAGCCCUACGUCUCUCAGAUCUCUGAGUAUAAACUCGAGCUAGCUCUCAAGUUCAAGGAGCUCCGGGCCUCCUGCCGCCGCGUGGCCAAUGUGGACAAGAGCCCGACUCACAUGCUGGCAGCCAUCACGGGGAGCUUCCAGGUGCUGAGCAGCCUCAUUGAGACCUUCGUGCGGCUGGUGUUCAUUGUGCGCUCAGAGGCCCAGCGCCAAGAGCUGCUGGCCAAGGUAGAAGAGGUGGUAAGGAACUACACCUUCCUGCUGCGUGCCGCUGAGGAGUCCACAGCCCGGAAUCUUAACCAGCAGCAGCAGCAGCAGCAGAUGGCAGCAGCUACCGGGGCAGCCACAGGGCACCCACCAGGCUCCCCAACUUCAGUGACUGUUAUGAGCACAUUCACCCGCUCCUUAAAAACCCUUAUUAAGUAAGGCAUCUGCCCAGCCUGUCCCCUUCCCCAACCACGGCCCCAGGUUUGAGCUUUGUGGUCCUUGCAUCUUGUGGUGAGUGUGUGUGUCCACUGGGCCAAUCAGGGUCCAAGAGCCCAUCAGUCUCCAGGGAGUGAAAACUCCCUAGACGGAGGCUCGCUCUUAAGGGCUGCAGGCCUAGCUGCCGCCCUGGGUGUCUCCACCCUAUCCUGGCCUCUGGGCCUCACUGUGAGGGCAAAGGCCCCUCCUCGCUCUGCCCCAUCGCAGAGCUGUUAUUUUAUCUCUUCUCUGGGGCUGAGAGGUGACAUCAGGCUCACUUCCUGCUCUGUGCUGGGUGCCGAGGGAGCCAGGGCCUGAAGCAGGCAGACCCUCCUCGGCCUCUAGCUCCUCCUGGCAUCUGCUCCCCCACUGGGAGCAGGAGCAGUAGCAGCAGACCACAGCACCGAGCUGAGGGGAGGGGGCGCUCAGUACAGAUGUGCCCACCCACCCUGGGCUCACAUUAACCUGGCAGGAGCCACUGUGCGGGCCCUGCUCAGGUGGGAUGUCGGCAGAUACAGCCACGCUGAGCUGUUUGCAGCCAGCUUAACAGGCUGGCAGCCUGGGAGCCCUGCUCCCAGGUCCAGUAGCUCCACACCAGCCAUCCCCAAAGUGCCCUGCCCUUCACUGAUGGGCAGGGCAGCUCAGUCCACUAGAGAGCAAGCCUCUGGGAUCACCCCACUCGUUUUAGGUAAGGUACCUGGUGAAACUGUCUGCCCUGGGGUGACCUGGCGCAGGCCUAGGAGCACCCCCAGCUCAGCCCAGCCCAGCGCAGUGGCUGUCGCUGCAGGCGUGAGGCUCUUCUCUCAACAUCACUACCAGACAGACUGACCUUAGGAGUUUGACUUAGCUGUGGAUUGGGGUGGGGGGUGGGGGGAGGGGGGGCGGGGGGGAGGGGUGGGGGUGUUGAUGACUAUAUCUUAAACUUCUGGAAGCUAGCGUGAUAUGUUAGUCCUGAGUAUAUGCUUUUGGCUGUGUAUUGACCCUGUGGAUUUGUGUCUCUAAGAAAAGAAGCUGAGCGCCUUACCCGGUGCAAUCCUGCACCUCUUUUCCCUCUCCAGAGCCAUCUGUAAGGGAACUCACACUGUUUAGCAUCCAUCUUGACAUACACCUCCUAUUGCCACCACUGCUGCCGCACCGCCGCCGCCACCUCCACCGCCGCUGCCACCCCCCGCCCCCACCCCCAACCUUCCUGGGAGUGAAGACACGGAGUCCCUACCAAGUGUCACACUGUAGGGAACAAAGAAAGCCAAUGUUUCUUCUGUCUAGAUUGCUUGUCGUCCACCUCUCCAUAUCUCCCUGGUUCCCACACCCUGGUGCCCUGUGUCUGCCUCUCUUUCAUCCCUGUGUGAGAGGCCCAUGUGAAAUCUCUCAUUCUUAUGUGGGUUUUAUAAAGAUGUACACUGUGCUUAACCCCCACCCAUCCUUGGUAACCCCCAGGGCAAGAAAGCGUCCCUGAGUGGCGAGCUCUCCCAGCAAGGGCGAGGGGAGCUCCUUCUGCAGAUGCCAGCCCCCUUCCUUGUCUCUCCUCCAACAGGACCAAGUUGUUUAAUGGGCCAGAGAUGCAGCCAGUGGGGAACCCUGUCCCCCGUGGCCACUGCAAGCCAGAGCGCUGACGUGGUCUUCCUCUCCUCCCAACUUCUUGAUCCUGUGCCUUCACCAUGCAGACCCCGCCUGUGUCAUUCCAGCGCCAUCCUUCGCCUCUCCCUCAGCCUCAUGGAGAGGGAACAUUUUCUAAUGUCUGUAUAUAGUAUAUAUAUCACAUAAAAUAUAUAAAUUAUAUAUAUAUACUAAUUUAUGUCUUGUUUUUCAAACAAGAAUGAUUAAAUCUAUUCAUCUUAC